AUGGAGAAUGAGGCAAGUUAUCUCAAGAGGGUCCAUGUUCAUAGUGUAUAGGAGAAAAUUGCUCCUUACCUCAAUGGCGCACAGCACAAGGCAUGGCCAAAGAUGCAGCAGUUCAUUUCAGAGCAGGAACCAGGCAGCUCAUUUUGGUGAGAGGGGUGAGGAAAUGGCAAAUACCUUCACAUCAAUUCUCAAGUCUAUAAACUGGGUUGUGACUACUGUUUCCCAUUGGUGGAAUCAGAAUGAAAUGGAGACCAUGAAGCAACGGUAUGCCAUAACUUGUGUCUGCCUUACAGAAGUGAAUGCUUCAAUGCUGUUCUGUUCAUUGUUGUGAUACACCAUUUUUCAAGAGAAGAGAGGCACACGCGAGUGAUAAAAGAGAUGGCUCGCAUCUUGAGAGUAGGAGGCCAGAUAAUGAUAUAUGUGUGGGCAAUGGAGCAAAAAUGGAGAAGAUUUGAAAAGCAAGACAUCUUUAAAGAAUUAGCUGUCAGACAACUUAAAAUAGACCACCACCCAAACCAAGGAGCAUUCUGCCAAUCUAGGAGCAAAAGCAGAGUAGGAUCUUCUAUGCAGAAAACAGUCAGUGAGUAUGCCCUGACCAUGCACGCCCAACAGCAGACAGGUCCUGGUGGGCCUGACUGGGGGUACUGCCAUGUUUUUAUAGAAAAGAAAUUGGCCGAGCUGAUAGAGCAUCAUAUUUCGGAGGUAUGUAUUACUCAUUCAUACUUUGACCAUGCCAACUGGUGUGAGAUCAUAGAAAAGACUUAA